AUGCAGCGUGGACUAACCGCCAAGCUUCUGUCACGCGCCAUAGUAGCUAGCAAAGAACAGGCCACGCGCCUUCCAUUGUCUCGUGAUACCCUUCUAUGCUACAAUGUAGAUGCGUGCUUAGCACGAGCUCAUGAUAGCCGAGCUCUGCGGAGUUUAAAUGUUGCUGCAACCUCCAGCGACUCUGCACCCAAUAGAUUCGCAAUUAUUGCAGCUGCUGCGGCUCUUGCUGGAGCAGUGAGCUUGAAUGUAGAUGAAGCACAAUUGGAGAUGAACCCAGACAAGAAACAGGAAAAGCGUUUUGAGUAUGCUGAAGCGGUGGAUAUAAUUCGACAGCAAGUAUCAGAAUUCCGUGCGACACUCAAGAGCUCUGAGACGCGGAUUCCAAAGGCUUUUCCGAUCAAAAAGAUUGGGAUUUCAAGAAUCCAUGCGCCUAAUGGCGUGGCAACGAUCCGAGUUGAGUUUGCAUGUCCGUCCUUCGUCGACUUAGAGUCGAUCUUGGGCCGAUUUCUGCUUCAAUUACAGCAGACAUCCGUGCCUGGUUCUCGCCAGGCUGUUGAAGUGCUGCCGGUUCCGCUCGAUAACUCUAGUAAGAAAUCUGUCGCAGAGUCGUAUGAGCAACCUUCCGUGACAUAUUUGUACGCGAACGGCUCUGGCUCGUUCCAUUUCUUGCGGGAUACGUCUUCAAGUUACGCGAACUCAAAUUUUGUGUUUUAUAAAGAUGAGUUUCUGACGCAAAGAGAGAUUGACGCUGUUGUUAGUGCGUACAAGGAGAUUUAUUCGUACGCGAAUGUAGCCGCUUUCUUUCGUCAAGAUCUUGAGCAACGCCGUAAGAAUGCAUUUAUUGGACGCGGUAGAAAUCCGAGCACUUCUACUGCGGCUGUUGCCCCUGAUAGCAAGGAAGAGGCAAUUCAGCAGCUACAAAGCCUUGGGAUUGACGUUUUUGAGCCGACUCAAAGUGAAGACAGCUUGACCUGGGAUAGUUUGGCUGGGUACGAAAACGUGAAAUUGGAAAUUGACGACACUGUCGUACUGGCGCUUCAGAAUCCAGAGCUCUACGAGCGUAUUGCACAAAAAACUCGUUGCCGCUACGAAAGCAAUCGUCCCCGUGCUGUACUGUUUGAAGGUCCUCCGGGCACCGGCAAGACUUUAAGUGCGCGGAUUAUUGCACAGCAGGCAGGAAUUCCCAUGAUUCAUAUUCCAAUUGAGAGUGUGGUAUCCAAGUGGUAUGGCGAUAGUGAAAAGAAAAUGUCGGCAAUCUUUGAUGCGUGCGAGAAACUGGAUGGUGCAAUUAUUUUUAUUGAUGAGAUUGACGCACUUGCUGGAGAUCGAUCAGGUGGUACCAUGCAUGAGGCUUCGCGACGAAUUUUGUCCGUUCUACUGCAAAAGGUAGAGGGGUUUGCCUCUGCCAAGAAGACCACGGUUGUGUGUGCAACGAACCGGAAGCAAGAUUUGGAUGCUGCAUUGAUUAGUCGUUUCGACCUAUCAAUUCGCUACGACCUUCCAGACGAGAAGACCCGUCGCGCAGUGUUUGCUCGAUAUGCGAAGCAGCUGUCAGACGAAGACCUUAGGCAAUUGGCUGCCGUUUCACCGCAGCUUUCAUGCCGCGAUAUCAAAGAGAUUUGUGAGUAUGCAGAGCGAAAGUGGGCCUCAAAGGUGCUGAAGAAAGUAGAGACGAUGGAAUUGCCUACUUUGCACGCCUACAUGGAAGCUGUGAAGACGCAUAAGGGUGGAUUGUCCAACCACUUACAACCGGAUGUGUACGAGGCAUAA